UCCUGCAGAAGAUGAGGAGGAAGGGGAAGCCACGUUAGACACAGAAUCUUUCACACUUCCCAGGGAAGAAAAGCCUGUAUUGAACGCAGCGGAAAUGACUGCAGUCGGCGACAGUGGAUAUGAGGCACUAACCCAGUUCGGCCUCACGCUGUUUUCUUCUCUGGCCGGAGAGCGUAGCGGCCAGACUACACUGGUCAGCCCUGCUGCUAUUGGUGCUCAGCUGUGUGCCCUCCAGACAGCUGCUUGUGGGGACACCAAAACUGAGUUCCUGGGUGCCCCUCUUCGGGAAGGCCUUGCGCUACACCUCCACGCAGUGACCGUCAAGCUCUUCAUGCAACUGGAAAAGCCCAACCCAUACGUUUCUAUGUCGCUCGUGCAGAGAAUGUUUGUGGACAAAGCUGCCCACCUGAACGAGUCCUGGACGAAAUUGGUGGAGAGCAAGUACCGGUGUGGCGUGGAGCAGGUGUCGUUUCGUGCGGACCCUGAGGCUGUUGCAGCACUCGCGAACUCUUGGGUUUUAAAAGCCACCCAAGGGCGUGUGGACUGUGUCAUUCCCCCUGGAACUAUCGAUUCAUCUGCGAAGAUUGUGAUGGUCUCUGCUUUCUACUUCAAGGGCUACUUCGACCACCCUUUCAAAGCCAUAGGAAAGAAGACGUUCUUGGCAAAGAUAUCGGCACCGUCAGAGGUCGACAUGAUAGGUGCAACGGGAGAGUUCCUGUACGCGGAACUAAAUGCUCCAGCAGCAGCGAAAGUAAUAGAGCUUCCGUACCGCAACAAGGACAUUACUCUCCUGCUGUUCUUGCCCGACAGCCAUUUAUCGCUUCAAGAGUAUCGGACGGCGCUCACUCCGCAGAUGCUCACCGAUAUCAUCGGAAAACUAGAGAGGAAGCAGGUGUAUGUAGAGCUGCCCGUAAUGACCCUGACGCAAGAAGUUAUCCUCAACCGGUCACUCGUCAAGACCGGAGUAAAGCACGCAUUCAUGGACGGCGCAGACUUCACCGUCGCCGCUCCCUCAGGUGGACUGCGUCUCACCGAUGUCUUGCACAGGGCUACCUUCGUAUUGGCGGAGAGCCCCGAUGCCACAGCGACGCAGCCUCUGUCGCCUGCUCCGCUGGAAUUCUUACUGUGUCGACCUUUCCUGUUUGUGCUACAGCGAGCACGCGACCGCUAUAUCUUACUCCUUGGCGCGGUCAAGAGCAUUCCAGUGGCCGCUACCUCCAACCAGGCUGCGACAACCAGCCAAUGAAAUUUUGUAAAACGUAUACUGCAGCUCGUGCCGGCAUACGCGUGAAGACCGCGUAAUUGCUUCCUAUUCUUUCAGAUGUUUGGAAUGUAUUCUCAAACGGACGAUUAAAAUUACAUAUGAUGUAUGUAUUCAUCACGCACAAACGGUGUUAGUGUCGAAACACUUACCCAAAUAAAGCUCAAACUAUA